AUGAAAUCGCUUCAAAACCCAAAACCAUUUGAAGAAAUGCAAUCACUUGUACCUCAGGUUAUUGAGUCUCUUGAAAAAAUGAGAACAGAGGCAAUUGCAUAUUUAGAAUGUUUUAGUGAUAAAAAAUUUGAAUCAAUUCAAGAUGAAAUGUAUGAUGAAUCAAUUAAAAAAUUAACAGAACUGUUUAAUCAUGUAAAUGAAAUAGAGUGUAGAAAUAAAAAUCUUGCAGACUCUACAAAAAAAGUAGUAAACUAUCUUGAUCAAACUCAAAAAAAGUCACAAGAAAUUCUUUCUUCUAUUGAACAAGAUGGUAUUUAUUUUGACUAA